AUGGAAAAUCAGGCGUCCGUUGAGCAGCGACUCGACUUGAUCACGAAAGGGUUGAUCGAGGUCCAUGGAGGAGAUUCGAUCCGUCAGAUUCUAGAGGAGGGUAGAAAUCCCAAGGGCUUCUGGGCAACCGCUCCGACGGGCAAGCCGCAUUUGGCAUACUUCGUACCCUUGCUCAAACUGGCAGACUUUGUCAAAGCGGGAGCUGAUGUGACCGUGCUAUUUUGCGAUCUCUACGCAUUUCUAGUGAACUACAAGCACUCCUGGGAAACAGUUGGCCAUCGGACAGCUUACUAUAAGCACAUAGUGAGAGCAGUCCUCCAAACCUUAGGGGUCCCGGAGAACACAGUUCACUUCGUAGAAGGCUCAUCAUACGAACUGACCAAAGCUUUCUCUCUUGACAACUACAAACUCUCCGUUCUCGCGGACGUCGACGAAGUGAAAGGAACUGGAGACGAGUACCGCAAUCCAGGCAAACUGAGCGUUCUCUUCUGUCCCGGCCUUCCAGCCUUGGCUGAAGAAUACCUCGAUAGUGAUUUCCAGUUUGGAGGCGAAGACCAGCGUGGUCUCUUUGCAUUCAAUGAGCGCUUUCUCCCUCAAUUGGGAUAUCGAAAGCGUGCACAUCUCAUGAACACCAUGGUGCCAGGGUUACAGGGCAUAAAAAUGUCAUCGUCAGUGCCGGACUCCAAAAUUGAAUUUCUUGAGGAUCCUGAAUCUGUGCGCCGCAAGAUAUUCAAUGCUAGCUGCGAGGAUGGAAAGGCCGCUGAAAAUGGCUUGCUGAGUCUUCUCAAGUUGGUGGUUAUUCCUUUUAACCGGAAUAGGUUGGAAAAUGAAGGGGCAACGGAUCGUGAUAAAGGCGUGUUUCAAGUUAAACGAGGGAAUGGUGAGGUCGAGAGCUAUGCAUCGUACGAGGAUCUUGAGACCGCUUUUUCUACGGGCAAAAUAUCGUCUGGAGAUUUGAAAGAGGCAACGGUGCAAGCUGUGAAUGCGAUGUUGGAUCCUCUGCGUAAACAGUAUGAGGCGAACAAGGAGUGGCAGGCUGUUGAUAAGUUGGCAUAUCCUGAGGACCAGAAUAUUGCACUAUGA